GGCCGUCUGAUCGCUUUCCCAAACACGCUUCAGCACUGUGUUCAGCCCUUCGCCCUGGAGGACAAAACACGUCCUGGACAUAGGAGAUUUCUGGUGCUGUGGCUCGUAGAUCCGUAUUAUCGCGUGAUGUCGACGAGAAACGUUUCCCCGCAGAGGCAUGACUGGUGGCUGGAGGCGGGAUUGAACCAGGUGGGAGACAAAGUCUAUGGUCGGCUGCCCGUAGAGCUGGCGACAGAAUUAGGUGAAAUGAUUGGCGAGUGGCCAAUGGGAAUUGCUGAGGCUCAAGCUCUGCGUCUGGAGUUGAUGGAGGAGCGCACGAACCUGAUGGAUACGGUGUACGGGAACUUGGAAGUGUACAACUUUUGCGAGCACUAG